ACUGCUUCCAGCGGACAUUUAUCUGGGAAAGACGCGACGCCCUUUCUCCCCAUCGCGCCCCCGGAAGCCUGACGCCGUCGCCCUUUCCCCAUCACGCCCCAGGAGCCGACGCCGCCGGCCGGAGGCUGCCACCGCCAGCUGGAUCCCACGCCGCCGGCAGUAGCUCCACCCCGCCCUAUGGGCUCGACGCUAGCUGGCUGCAGCUCCAGGCCGCUGGGCUUCACGGGCACAAUGUUGGGAACGCCCCCAGGAGCCCGAUGCCACCAGUAGGAGGCCUCUGCCGCCAGUAUCCCGAUGCCAACGGCAGUUGCCCGCCCCCGCCCCCAGGAGCUUGACGCCUGGCUGCAGCUCCUGGCUGCCGGGCUUCACAGGCUCAACCACUAGGAACGCCCCCAGGAGCUCCAGCCUGGGAUCCAGAGACUGCCCCACCCCCUUCGAUUAGGAAGGAAAGAUGGAAAGAACUUGGAUGAAUUGUAGGUUUGUUUAGCAAGGAGCAUCAGGAUGUGGUCACUGAGUUCAUGAACUUUGUUUCAGAAAAUUUGAGUGGCAAUCAGGCGAUAUUAUGCCCAUGUCAUAAGUGUUUGAAUCGGUUAAAUCAACAUAAAGGAGAUGUGGAGGAUCACUUACUUAUCUACGGGAUGUCUAACACAAACACUAGGUGGAUACAUCAUGGAGAAGGAGAACCAGUAGUCAUGAUAACUGAAAAUGUUGAGCAUUUGAAUGAAGAUAUUGGCUGCAAUGUUGAGCAUUUGAAUGAAGAUAUUGACUGCAAUGUUAAGCAUUUGACUGAAGAUGUCCCAGAAGAUGAGCCUCAAGAUGACCCAGAAGAUGAUCAAAUGUACCAUAUGGUACAAGAUCUGUACCCAGAUCAAAAUCAUGGACCAAGAACGAAGUCAAAGUUUGCCACCAUAUUAGAAGAGAUGAAACAAGUGCUACACCCUGAUAGUCCCUAUACUAGGUUUUCUUUUGUGGUGAAGUUGCUCCAUAUCAAGUCAUUUUACAGAAUCAGCAAUGUUGGAUUCAGUGCUCUUUUAGACUUGUUAAGUUCGGCAUUUCCAAAUUGUUUUAUCCCUGCAUCUUAUGCUGAAGCGAAGAAUAUUAUUUGUGCAUUAGGACUUCGAUAUGAGUCAAUACACGUGUGUCCGAAUAACUGUGUUCUUUUCCGAAAGGAGUUGGCUAAAAAGGAUGCAUGCCCAAUAUGUGGUGCUUCAAGAUGGAAGGAUGCAUAUAAUCGAAGGCAGAUUCCAGAAAAGGUUCUAAGGCAUUUUCCUUUGAUUCCAAGGUUGAAGAGGAUGUUUAGAUCCAAAGAACUUUCAGCUCAAGCACAAUGGCACAAGUUGAAGAGGAAACCAGUGGACAAUGAGCUUAGCCAUCCUGCUGAUGGUGAGGCAUGGAAGGAUUUUGAUAGGAAGUAUGAAUGGUUUGCAAAUGAUCCAUGAAAUAUCCGACUUGGCCUCGCUACCGUUGGGUUUAGUCCAUUCGGGAAGAUGAGCUCCUCAUAUAGCAUGUGGCUAGUAUUUCUUAUCCCUUACAACUUUCCUCCAUGGCAAUGUAUGGAGCAAUCCAACUUCAUGAUGUGCCUACUUAUUCCUGGUCCGUCGUGCCCAGGAAAGGAUAUGGAUCUCUUCCUGUAGCUGCUGGUUGAAGAAUUGUUAAGUCUCUGGAGUGGUGUCCCUACUUUGGAUGCAUUGACCGGGAAAGAAUUUGAUCUUCACGCUGCAGUCAUAUGGUGCAUUCAUGAUUAUCCGGCAUUGAGCACACUUUUAGGUAGAAUAACUAGAGGUUACUAUGCUUGUAUUCGCUGUGAUAAAAAUCCUUGCUUCAAAAGACUUAGGAACAAGAUUUGCUACAUCGGCCAUCGCCGUUUUCUUCCAGCGGACCAUAUUUGGAGAAGAAAGAAAGAUUUUGAUGGUCAGACUGAAGAACGUGCACAGCCUGAAGAAUUUACUCUGGAUGAGUUGAUGCAACAAUUGGCAUCGGUGGAACAUGUAAGACCUGGGAACCAUCCUAAUAACAAAAAGAGAAAGAGGGUACAGAAGGUCAAUGCUAGAAGCGUAGGUCGAUUCUAUGGGACUUGCCAUAUUGGUCUACUUUGAAGCUACGCCACAAACUUGAUGGUAUGCAUAUUGAGAAAAAUAUAUAUGAGGCACUUCUCGGUACAUUGCUCGACAUCGCAGGCAAGUCAAAGGACUCUAUUUCUGCGAGGCUUGAUUUGGAAGAUAUGGGUAUAAGGAAAAAAUUACACUUGAAGGCUAAUGGGAAUUCAUACUCUGUUCCACACGCUCCAUAUAAGAUGACUAAAGCUCAGAUAAGUGCUUUCUGUGCUUUUAUAAAGAAUGUCAAACUCCCAGAUGGAUAUGCCUCCAACUUAGCAAGGUGUGUUAGUGUUGAUGAAUGCAAAUUACAAGCAUUGAAAACUCAUAAUUGUCAUAUCCUUCUCCAAAGAAUAUUACCAGUCGGUCUCCGAGGAAUCAUGCAUAAGGAAAUAUGUGAAGCAAUUGCCGAAUUAGGUAACUUUUUCCAACAAAUUUGUGCUAAGAAAUUGAAGUUAGAUAUCUUGAACCGGAUGAGAGGUGAAAUCCCAAUAAUAAUGUGCAAGCUUGAGAAAAUUUUCCCGCCUGCCUUUUUUGAUGUGAUGGAGCACUUGUGCAUUCACUUAAUUGAUGAUGCAAUCCUAAGAGGUCCAGUUCAAUAUGGAUGGAUGUACCCUGUAGAACGUAGGUUGUUGACCUUGAAACAUUUUGUGAGGAACAUGGCAAGGCCUGAGGGCUCCAUUGCAGAGGCAUAUAUGGCAAAUGAGUGCUUGACUGCUUGCUCAAGGUAUUUUGAUGAUGUUGACACUAGGCACAAUCGUGAGGGAAGGAACAAAGAGCGUGUUCCUAGGAGUACAUGUGGUUUAUCUAUUUUCCAUCAUGGAGCAAAUCUGUUGGGGGCGCCGAGGCUUACAUAUGAUGAGAAGGAUUAUGACAGGAUGGUCUGGUAUGUCCUCAACAAUACUAAGGAGGUCGAGCCAUUUAUAGAGAUUUAUAGGAAGGAGUUAGAAACUGCUGGCAAUCGUAAUGUUGAGGGGAACCUUGCUAAGGAAUUUCCAGGAUGGUUUAGGAAAUACCUUGCUACCCAGAGGUUUGUGAAUGGAGAACAAAUCAACGAAGACCUAUAUGCAUUGGCGAGUUUACCAGAUCUUAGACUUUGUAUAUUUUCAGGUUGUAUUGUCGAUGGUGUCCGAUAUCACACCGUGGAGCGUGAGAGCAGUAGACGAACACAGAAUAGUGGAGUCAUGGUUGAGGGGUCACAUAAUAGAGAAGACAUAGACUUUUAUGGUCAGCUGAAAGAAGUAUUACAGUUGCAAUACAACUCCGACGCUAGCAGCCAAAGGACAGUGGUGUUAUUCAAGUGUGAUCCAUGUUAUCUAGUCGUCCGACUAAUCGCGAUUAGUCGGGCUUAUCGGUCCAUGGACCUCGAUAAGGGGCACCGAUUAGGUUGGAGCGACUAGUUUUCUAGUCGUCUGAUUAGUCGUCGUCUAAUUGCGAUUAGUCGCACCGAUCAGCUUGAAAAACAAUCAGACCACGAGCCGGUGGUGGGCUAUUUUGCGUUGUGGGCUUGGGCCAGUGGUGGGCUGGAGAGGCGGCCCAUUAGGUUUUAGGUAUAUAGAGUCAGACACAGCAGCUCCCAGCUCCAGACCACGACCGUCCGCCCGCUCCUCCAGACCACGAGCGCCGUCCGCCGCCGCCCGCCAAAUCCGCGCCAAAAUUGCGCUGCCCCGCCCAAAAUUGCGCCGCCUCGUGGACCGCCGCCGCCUAUUGCACGUCCGCCGGCGCAGCUGCUGGCCUGCUGCUGCUACCGCGGCAAGACCCGGCGGCCGGCGACCCUCUUUCUUCCGCUUCCUAAGUUCCUUGCUCUGCCUCCGCCUCCGCCAGGCCUUGGGCGCCGGCGUUCUGCAAGGCUGCCACCAGCAGCAGCACCUGAAGAUGACCUCCUCUUCCUCCGACGGUAAGUGGCAUGCUUCUUCUCUGUGCUCUCCCCUCCCCUGCUUCACUAUCUGCUCGUGCUUCUUUCUCUGUGCUCUCCCCUCCCCUGCUUUACUAUCUGCUCAUACUCGAGCUCCGCUUCCCCUCUUGCUUGCUAUUCUUCUAGCUUCUUUCUCUCCUCUGCUUAGUGUUAUGUGUAUGUGCAAAUGUGGAUCGACGCCACAGAGCUGUGGAAGUGUUCCCGCACAUAUACUUCCACCAUCAUUGUUGCCUUCAUGCUUGCUUUUUAUUAAGUAAUAUGUAGUACAUAUAUCAUAUCGGUCCUGGGACACUAGGACGACUAGGCUGACGACUAGGACCGACUAGGCUCGACUAAUCGGCCUGAUCGACGACUAAUCGCGACUAGUCGUCUGAUCGGUCCCAAGGCGACUAGGUCCGACUAGACGAUUUGAAAACAUGGAGUGUGAUUGGUUUGAUACCUGUAGCAAGAAGUCUAGGAUGAAGAAUGAUGGAUAUUUCAAAAGCAUCAGCCAUGGCAGUUGUUGGUACAAGGAUGAUGCUUUCAUCCUUGCAACACAGGCAACAAAGGUUUCUACUUGGAUGAUAACAAGCAUGGUGAACCCUGAAAAGUUGUUCAAAAAUUUUCACAUCGGCACUUGUGGAAUGUGAAUGAAGUGGAAAAUGAAGACAUGCAAGAGGGAGGGGUUGAUCUGACAUACCAAGAUGAUGAGUAGGAAAUAUCUCAAGUUGAAGCUCAGGAAGGAUGUUCGAUUGAUGAACAGCCAGUCAAUGAAGAAGACGGUAUCAAUGUAGAGGCGUCCCUAGUUGAUCAGAUUCGUAGGCAACGGGAACUGGAAAUUGAAGAACAUGACCUGUACAAUGAAGAUGAUGAUACCUUAGGGCAAUAUGAUAGUGAAAAUGAAUGUGGAAGUAUGAUCCCUGUUGAUGAUGGUGAGUAUAGUGAUGUCGAGUAAUUGAUAUAUGUGAAUCUGAGUUGUGAUGAAAUUGUUGUUUUUAAACAGCUCCAAAUGUGUCUUAGAAGCUGUUGUAUUUGUUAGCCGCAAAAUAAUUAUGGUUUGUGAACUCAGUUAUGUAAACUCCUUAAUUAUUGUGAUAUGUGAAUUCCAACGGUGCUCUGUUGAUCUGCAUA